AUGUCCGUGCCGGCACUUCCAGCUAUCCUCACACCUGCCCUAAGCGGCCGCGACGCCGUCGCUGAUGCCCUCUAUCGCAGCGUCAUGGCCUUAGACACAGCCGACGAUGCUCUCUUCAAAUCUGCCUUUACCACUGAUGCCGUCUUGGACGUCAACGGUACCAUCAUGGAAGGCUACGAUGCCAUUUACAGUCAAUGCUACGCCAUGCUCACCAAAUUGGACACCAACCACUUCCUUUCCAACAUGCGUAUCAACAUCAUAGAAGGAGACUCGAAGGCUCAGGUGACAUGCUCUGCUCUUUCUCAACACUACCGUGGUGGAGAGGGCAUGAAUCCCGGCUCUGACUUUCUGCUUGCUGGUGGAUUGUACUGGGUGGAGCUGGUUAAGGAUUCUGGAGACGGAUUGUGGAAGAUGAAACACUGGACGCUAAAGUCAACUUGGGGACAAGGUGACUGGGGCAUUCUUGGCAAAUAG